UUUACAGUCCAAACACCAUCGCUGCAACUAAUUUACAUGUCCAAACCCUAAACCCUAAUUCCAUCAAUGGACCAACACAGAUCAGCUCCCCUCUCCGCCUUCCUCCUCCACCACCACCAAGACCCCGCCAGAACCACCACAAUCCACUCUCCCGCCGCCGCCCGCCUUUCCUGCAAAUCCCUAACCCAAUCCAGCUACGACCACCACCACGACAACCUCCUCUACAGCCCCUCCCGAUCCUCCACCAACAGCGCCGCCGCCGCCGCCCUCCCCCCGCCGUGCAGCCCCGAUUCCCCCUGGACCCUCUCCCCCCACCAAACCCCCUCCCCCUCCCUCCUCUACCACUGCAUCGCCUCCCUCCACCGCCAGGACGGCACCAUUUUCUCCAUCGCCGCCGCCAAGGGCCUCGUCUUCACCGGCUCCGAAAGCUCCCGCAUCCGCGCAUGGCGCCAGCCCGACUGCUCCGACCGAGGAUACUUCAAAUCCAGCCAUGGCGACGUCCGCGCGAUUUUAGCCCACGGAAACACGCUUUUCUCCUCCCACAAGGACUGUAAAGUGCGAGUCUGGAACAUCACCGCCGGGCCGGAGAAUUUUCAGGCGAGGAAAGUCGCGAACCUGCCCAAAAACCGGUCGAUUUUCAAAUUUCCGACGAAGACGACCAGCUUCAAGCACAAGGAUUCGAUUUCUUGUAUGGCGUAUAAUCAGACGGAGGGAAUUUUGUACACCGGAUCGUGGGACCGGACGGUGAAGGCCUGGAGAGUUUCCGACCACCGCUGCGUCGACUCCUUCCCGGCGCACGAGGGUCACGUGACCGACCUGGUGGUCAACCAGGAAGACGGCUGCGUCUUCACGUGCUCAUCGGACGGCUCCGUGAAGAUCUGGCGGCGGGUGUACGGACAGAGCUCGCACACUCUAACAAUGACGCUGAAAUUCCAGCCGUCGCCGGUGAACGCCUUGGCGUUAAGCACGGCGGCGGCGAAUUCGUCGUGUUUUCUGUACUCCGGGACCUCCGACGGGUUUAUUAAUUUCUGGGAGAAGGAGCGGACGUCGGGGAGGUUUAAUCACGGCGGUUUUUUGCAGGGCCACCGGUUCGCGGUGCUGUGUCUGGCGGCGAUUGAGAAGCUGGUGUUCAGCGGGUCGGAGGACACGACGGUUAGGGUUUGGAGGAGGGAGGAGGGGAGCUGCAUCCAUGAGUGUUUGGCGGUGGUGGAGGCGCACAGAGGGCCGGUGAAGUGUCUGGCGGCGGCGAUGGAGAUAGAGAAGGUGGUGGUGAUGGGGUUUCUGCUGUACAGCGCCGGGUUGGACCAGACGUUCAAGGUGUGGAGGAUUAAGAUCAUGCCGGAGGAGAAAUUGGAGGGGACGACGGCGAUUGUGAAGGUUGUUAGUAGCGCGGCUGCGGCGGCGGAGUAUGAAAUGAGCCCUGUGUUGUCGCCGUCGUGGGUGGAGAAGAAGAUACAGACCAACAGUAAUCCCUUUUCGUUAAUUAAUUAAUUAAUUAAAUUAGUUUGUAAUGUUCCCUUUUGGGAUUUAGUUAUUUCUUAUUUAGUUAGAUUUGUCGAGAAUUUUAAAGAAAAGCAUGAG